CUGCAUACCCAUCUGAAGAAAGUGCAGGAUCUUGACACUGUGACCAGAUACAAAACGACCAUGAGUGCCAUUAAACAGAAGGAGAACAAGACAGCGCCUAAGAAAGUCAAGUCAAAGAAGUCAAAGAAAAACAUCAACCAUUUUACAGAUGUGCACGGUCUACCUUGCAUUGAGAAUAUUGUGUGCAGUGUGGAGGAGACUCCUCAGCCAAUCACAACAAAGAUCUCUGGCAAAUUUCCGGAAUGGAUCAACGGCAGCUUCUUGAGAAAUGGCCCAGGAAAGUUUGAAAUUGGAAACCAGAAGUUCAACCACUGGUUUGAUGGAAUGGCUCUUCUUCACCAGUUCAAAAUUUCCGAGGGACAGGUGACCUACAAAAGCCGCUUCCUCUCCAGUGAGAGUUACCAGGCCAACAACGAAAAUAACCGCAUUACUGUGUCCGAAUUUGGGACUGUCACUGUGCCAGACCCUUGUAAAAACGUCUUUCAACGCUUCCUCUCCAAAUUUGAAUUACCAAAGCCCACUGAUAAUGCCAAUGUGAGCUUUGUGACCUACAAAGGUGAUUACUAUGUUAGCACAGAAACCAAUUUGAUGCACAAAGUGGACCCUGAGACGUUGGAAACGACCAAAAAGGUAAACUGGAGUGAUUUUAUUGCUGUUAACGGAGCCACUGCACACCCCCACACUGAGCCUGAUGGAACAACAUACAACAUGGGGAAUUCCUACUCCUCUAAAGGAUCAUACUACAACAUCAUUGAAGUGCCUCCCACCAAAAACAAUAGCAAAGAAACCCUGGAGGGUGUGAAGGUACUUUGCUCCAUCCCCUCAGUGGACAAGACCAAACCUUCCUACUACCACAGUUUUGCAAUGUCUCAGAACUAUGUGGUGUUCAUUGAGCAGCCCAUCAAGAUGGACCUGUUGAAGAUUGUAACAGCGAAACUGAGAGGAAAGAGCAUUAGUGAUGGCAUUUAUUGGGAUCCAAAACUCAACACAACCUUUCAUCUGAUUCAUAAAAAAACUGGGAAGGUGAAUUCCCUUAAGUACAUUGCCAAGCCACUGUCAACCUUCCACCAGAUUAAUGCCUUUGAAGAAGAUGGUUAUUUAAUCAUAGACAUGUGUGCGUCAGACGAUGGCACGGCAAUAGGAAACUACAACAUCCAGAACCUUCGUAAGUCUGGAGAAGAUCUUGACGAGGUGUAUAACACAAUGUGUAGAGUCUUCCCACGCCGCUUUGUUCUUCCUCUCAAUGUUGAUGACAAGACACCCUACAACCAGAACUUGAACAACCUGCCUAAGAGCUCAGCCACCUCAUUAAGGAUUGGCAAGAACAAGAUCUUCUGUACCCAUGAAGAUCUUCAUGGGGAAGAUCUUCAUCAGUAUGGUGGUCUUGAGUUUCCUGCCAUCAACUAUGACAAGUACAACACCCAUCCGUACCGCUACUUCUAUGGCUGUGGCUUCAGACACCUUGUUGGGGACACACUGAUCAAGAUGGACAUCCAAAACAAAACCAUGAAGGUUUGGGAACAAGAUGAUUUAUAUCCUUCAGAACCAGUCUUCGUCCCCUCACCUAAUGCUACAGAGGAGGACGACGGUGUUAUUUUGUCUGUGGUCAUCACUCCAAAAAUGGACAAGCGUACGUUCCUCUUGGUUUUGGAUGCCAAGACAUUCGAAGAGUUGGCCAGGGCUGAAGUGCCUGUAAAUAUCCCAUACGGUUUCCAUGGAACAUUCAAUGCCUCAGCCUAGCAAUUUAAAAAAUAAUUAUAUUAAUAGUAAAUGGGCUAUACUUACUUAUUGCUAUGCACUAAAGACUACUAAAUUUAAAUGAGGUAGAAAUGUGAUGCUUGUAUGCUGUCUGUUCCCUCAUGAAUUGGUACACUGUUAUGUAAUUGCUUAACACAUUUGAUUGAAUUUUUUAUGGUAUAUUCAUGUGUUUUCUUUGCCUUAAAGAGUGUGUCUCCACUUUGUGAUGAUAUCGUGUGACCAACAUUUAUAUUAUUCAAUAUCCAAAGAUGAAAACAUAAAUAGUGGACAUGGUUUGUAAUAACCAAACAUGAAUGUAUGGAUAUUGUGAUGGUUUUAUUUGUGCAAAUGUAACAUUUUAGUUAUUUUUUAUAUUUCAAGCAUGUAUGUACACUAGGCUGCUCUGUGAAGAAAUACCCAACAAUAAAUAAA